AUGAAAUACUUUUUCUUUCUUUUUUAUCAUUCAUCCCUUAUAGAGCGCAGAGACUGCGAUAUUAAACCUUUUGAUCACAUCAUUCGGAAGAAGCCUCGCACGCACAAACACCGUGGAAACUUAGGAAAGAAGCGUGUGGCUGAGACAGAUCUUGGCUUGAUCGAAUCUCCAUCUGGUGCUUCUUCCUCACUUCUUCGCUCUCGGUCAACAUCUUCGCAUUCUUCUUCCUCACUGGAUUAUGCUUCAAAAUCAGCCUCUGGUGCAGAUCUCCUGUCAUCUCUUUCCUCCAAAAGAUCACUAAAACGGUCUCAUUUCCCUUCUUGCCUUCCAUCACAUUCUAAGUUGACUGAGAAUAAAUCAACCCUGCCUUUGUCGAGUGGAUCAGCCAAUUACUCCUCUGCCAUAAAUGAAUAUACUUCCAGGACAAAUCCUAACUUGACCUUGGCUGAACAGGCGAGGCCUGAACCAACUCAUCAAGCAAAACUAGAUUCAUUUUCGAAACACAGGCUUAAGCAUCCUCAGACGGCCUCUAUGAGCUGUGUCUCUUCGUGUUCUUCUGGCACUUCUGAUUCUCUAACCCCUCCCAUGCUUGUCAAUUCUCCUCCCAAAGACUCUGGCUCCCAUUCACGGCAUUCCUCUUCAUUGCAUAUAGCCGAGUCUACUAAGGGGGAUGUGGAGAAACCAAAGUCCGGCCUAGUUACCAAGACUGACGACUUGCCAUGCCAAAAUAACCGUCACCAUAUGGAGAAUAGUGUGGAUAAAACGACGACAGUCAGACAAAAUAAAUCAAAAGGAGCAUAUUCCAACAGUAAACUUGAACUUCUGUUUGAGCGACUUCUUCGUUUAGAGCACUCCCAUUUAGCUCUGAAGAUGAGUCAUAUCCUUAUUCAUUUUAACAGAAAUCAUGAGUCUUCAAUCUCCAUUAAGGAGCCCAUUGGUUGCCACGAUCCAGCGCGGUCUUUUGGUGGGACUCAAAUUCUCCAUAAUAAUGGCCCUAAGGUGAUCGCAUUCGAUCUGCGUCAGCUGCCGGACGCAUGCUUAACACAACUUAGUGAGUUGAUCGCCGAGGACGAGGCAUUAUCUCUCAAGCUGGAAGAGUCAAAUACUACUGCAGCCGCGAGUCAAGUCCUUCUCAAGCCAACUUCUCCGUUCUCUGCUAAAAAUGGAUCCAAACACCAUCCAUCUUCACAAGAAUUAGAGGUUGAAGCAGAAAUAAAUAAACCCAUCCAUUCAGGCAAACUCAUAACGUCCAAAGAGCCUCUUGAGGAGGGUGAGGCUUCUUCUUCCUCUUCAUCUUCAUCGCACAAUUAUGCAUCCUCAACUUCGGCAAGCUCUUCUUCCCGACCAUUCUCUCUUUCGCCACCCUCAUCUGUAACUUCUCCGUCUUCUAUCUCUUCUUCGUCUCCGAAGCACUCUCCUGUCUAUAAUUCUCCAUCAAACAAGACGAAUCUGCCAAAUGUUUUUUGCGAUCUGGUCCCUUCAAAAACAGCAGAUCAAUUGUCUCAGAAACCUGCAGAAGAACCUGGUCGUUAUCAUGAAUCGAAUCGUGCCACGUUCCAUCGGUCUCGCCAUCUACCGGUUGACAUGCCUCUUACUCCCAAUAAACCACUGGAGGCCAAACCAGCUCGACAAUCCAAGGGCAGUCUUCCAGUUGGUAGCACUGGAGCUGCUGCUGCUCCUCGCCUUACCCGCCUCCAUCAAAGUGGGCCUUGUGAGGCGGACCCUCUUGUGUCCGCUAGUGUAUCUGGCCGUGAUAAGCCUCCUUCCAAAUCUUUAGAACAGUCCGUCCAGCAACGGAAUGUUGUCCCUUCGAGCUCAGACUCUGCUGACCAGACAGAUGAGGCUACUGAUACAGAUGCCUAA